UCAUGAGUGAAUUUCUUCUCUCAUGUAUAGAGACUGUUAUAGUGUUAUAGUGAUAUGUUAUAGAAGUCUCCUUACAGUUAUAAUUUAAUAUUAAUUUGGCUAGACCAAACAGGAUAUAGCCUAUGACGUAUCUGUGAGGCGGAAUUAACAGUACUUCUCACACUUCCUCCAUUCCCCACAAACGAGCAUUUUUGUCUGCUACGAUGGCUUUUAGGCUGCUGCUGUUCAUUUCUCUUCUUACAGAGAACACAGGGUUCAGUGCUAACAUCUCUGUGUUUGUGCAGACGGGAGAUUCUGUUCAACUGGAUAUACAGACUCAGAAACUACCAGAGUUUGAUCAGUUAUCCUGGAUAAAUGAUAAAUCACAGAAUAUAGUUAAAUAUAUAAGAGGAACUAAAGAAGUUAAACCCCACUCUUCCUACAAGGACAGAGUGCAUUUCAAUGAUGAAACGUUCUCUCUCACACUGAAGAACACACAGAAGACAGACAGUGGACUCUAUACAGCCAGAACAAGUGGAGAAUCAGAUGAAACUAUUGUUACAUACAGAGUAUCUGUUAUAGGAGCUGUGGAGGAUCCUGUCCUGACUGUAAACUCAAACUGGUUCAGUGGUAACUCCUGUACUGUGAACUUCACAUGCAGAGCUCAUGACCUCAUGACAAACUCUAGCUAUCAGAACAACAGAUGCUCUACAGAGGAAGUGACAUCACAAAUCAACACUCUAAUCCUGCACUGCAGUGAGGAAUCAAUCAUCUGUAACCAUAGCAACCCAGUUAGCUGGAAAAAAGACAGAAUAAACAUUACCCAGCUCUGUGUCAAAGACGACAACCCAUAUGUUCACCAGAUAUCGCCCCAGGUUCCGAUAGGUCUGGGGGCAGGGUGUCUAUUGGUGGGAAUAUGUCUCUAUUGCAAGUGUAAAAAGGGUGUCCCAGAGGCUGAUAGUACAGUCUAUGCUCAAGUUGAGGGUCAAGAAAUGCAGAUAACCAACAGUGACGGUCAUACAUAUGAUGUUCCAGAGCGGGUUCAAUAUCAGACAGAGAAGGAAACGGGAGAUAAUCGACCCGAGACAACGUACUGCACAGUAGGACAACACCAAAACCCUGUGGUCCCAGUCGAAACAACCAGUACAAUUUAUUUAGUGGUGUGCAAACAGUCAACCAAGAAACCACCCACCAUUUCAUCUGAUGACGCAUAACAUGAAACUGUGUUUGUCACAUGGAGAAGUUUCACAAGGGAUGAUCUCAAAAUGGCUUCCUACUCUUAUAUCUCUGGCAUAUCGGCAUAGGGUAGAAAUAAUAAGAAAUUUAUAUAGACAUAGACAUUGGAUUUGCAGUUCUGACAUUGGAUUUGGAGACAUUCCUGGAGCUGCACAGUUUAGCUUCAAUUAGACGUGUGUUGAUUCUUGCAUUUGAUUUUAUCGCUUUGUGUCUGGAUCUUUUCUAUGAUUAGAAUUAAUUAACUGCUCUGAACAACUUUUUGUUGAAAUCACAUACUCUCUUGAGGUACUUAUUUUAAAAUGAUAUAGUAUGAAUGUCACUUCGGAAGCUCACCGGCAGUAAGUAAUUUCUUUUACUGUCUAUGGUCAUUAGAGUAUAGGCUAAUGUUUGUUUACUCUUCCUACUGUGAAUUCAUUAGAUUAUCCUUCUGUGCUUACUUCUUUUGUCACAUGGGCGGCUAGCCAAGGAACAUAUGUGGUUUCAGGCGCAGCCAACAAACCGAAAUAAAUUAUAAUAUUGAAGUAGAGUAUUGGUAUACUGUUAAUCAGUCACUUUAAUAGCCGAAUAGAACUUUUACGAUGGUUAGUUUUAAUAAAUAGAAUUUUAUUAUGAAAUGUUUAUAUUUUAUUUAUUUCGCAAUAUUUUAAAUGAAGAUAUGUAUUUGCAUAUAUGCCUUUAUUUGAAUGUUUUGAUUUUUGAAGUAGGGCCUAUGUACAGUAAUAGAGCACCACUGUUUUUUUCACUCAUUAUUCCCAUAGGGAUUUUUAAAAGUCUUUUUGGAAGAGUUAGCACCUGCGGGGUGAAUAACAACAUUACAAACAUUUAUUUGAAGCAAAAAACAAAAGUAUUUGAAAAUCUGACCAUUUCUUUUCCGAUUUUCCAAACGUUUUUCUUCAAAAAUUCUGCUGUUAAAUAUGAUAAUUAAAAAAAAAGUCAAGUCUAUAUAGCACUUUUUACAAUA